AGUUCCUGUAACUAAACAGAAUUUUUCAGUCAGACGUUUGGACGGACUUCCUCUUGAGCUGGUGUUUUUCCAUCAAAAAUGCACACUCUAAACCCCUAGUAGAGCCAUGUAAACUCUCCUAGUUGUCAUUUGGAAACUAAAGUCAAGUUCAGUGGUGAAUUGCGUGUAGUAUGUCCCAGUUUAGGGUUCAGAAAGUGACCAAAGUAAAGGGGCCAACUGAAUUGUCAACCGGUAAAAGUAGUGAGUCCAGUUCAAAGAAGGUUCGAGCGAAUCCUUCACCCACUGACCGCCCCCAAGCACAACCGCGACUAAAAAAAUCCUCUGCUUCGACAAAGUCAGCUGAAGACAAGAGUACACCAUCGGGUAGUGAUAAAACACAGAGAAGUAAACCCACAACCCCAAAAAGAACUGCAACAAAGACUUGUUCUUCACAGCAGAGCAAAAGAAAUGGUUUGCCACAAACAGCUUCAAAACAGAACAGGAAAACAGGUGCCGAAAGCCAAAAAUCUACAUCUGCAUCAUCUAAACCUAGUGUACCUAAAAAACCACCUCACCAAGAAACCACAGUGAAAAAAUCUCCUAAAAUUGAAAAGGAAAACAGUUAUGAUGCGAGUGGAAGUGACAGUGAUGACCUCCAUCUCUUUGGAAAAUUAAGCCCUAAAGACGAUAUUGGGUAUGAAACAGGGUCUUUUGAUGAAAUAGAUGGGUCUAAUAGCGAGACAACUAGCCCUGCUGCUGGUGAAGAAAACAAAACUAUUUUAGGUCAGAAUUUGAACGGUGAAAAUACUGCAGGUUAUUCAUAUGCUGAGGUUGAAUUUAGACCUUUGGUGGUUACAGAUGAAGGGGGUUUAAGUACACCUGUUCCUACAACACACCAAGAGAAAUUGCAAAAUACACAAACCCAUAAGGAUGAAAACAAUCCAAGUGUCGAGCAUCUUUCUUAUGCUUAUGUUGGGGAAGAGUUUCGACCUCUUAUCAUAACUGACAGUGGCGGCAUUGCUGGACCUCUAGAAAAAAAGAAAUCAUCAGAACCAACAAAUAAUUGCCUGUUAGUCGAUCAGAGAAGAGCACCAAUGAGAUAUGAAGAAGUCGAAGUUCUUGGAGGAAAAUUUGAUAGAGCAAAUAUAAACACUACACAUUUAAUAUCUGGUAUGCCUGGGAAUAAUGACACUGCUGUUGAGAAUGAAGAUGAUACCUAUGAAGCUGUGAAUCAACAAAAUAUUUCAAGAACUGAACAAAUUAGUAAUGCAACGCAGAAGGAUUUUACUGCAGCUGAUGAUGGCCAGGGUGUUGGCGAUAUAUAUGCUGUAGUUCAGAAGGACAAAACCAAAAAGGAUAAUAAAAUAAGUUCUGGGGUAUUGUAUAAAAAUCAGGAACCUGAAGUUCCUCCUGAGAUUCCGUCUCGUUCGAAUAUUACAAAAUCAGACCUCUGUGAAUCCAUUUCUGGCGAGCUGCAAGAUAUGAUUAAUUCUUAUGAUGAUAACAGCCCAGUUGGGAAAAUUUCUAGGUCUUCUUCAAGGGAUGGAUAUUCAUCAAGUGAUAGUGGCAAGGUCACUGCUCGUCCACCACCAUUACCUAAACCUUACUCUGGUCCUGGGGUUAGUUUGGCUUUUGAAAACAAUGAGGCUGCAAGCAGUGAUGAAGAUUGUGUUGGCUCACCACUUUAUGCUGCUAUACAAAAAAAGCCCAAAAAGAAAACCCCACCCAAGAAACCUGAGCCAAAACAGCCAGAAGAAGAGCCACCACCUUUGCCAUCUCGAACUCUUUUAGAUGAAAAAGAUGACACUCUAGGAAGAGAUGUCAGUUUGUCUCAACUAGAAAAAGAAUCACAGGAAAAAUCCAAAAAGUCUGGUUUUGGAAUAUUCAAGAAAAAGCACCUACGAAAAAUGUCUGAUGGUAAUGUUAUAAAUACUUCUAGAGAAGCACUUGGGUACCCUGCCCCUGGUUCUUCAAAAAAAGGACACAAGAGGUCUAAAUCACAAGAUGAUAUGACCAUUKUCAUGAACAAUUUACUUGGCGAUCCUGGAAAAAUAAGAAGUGGUUCAGGGCAGUUAAUAGAGCCAUACUUAGCUGUAGACAUCACUAAUCCUCCUGAUACACCCAAGGAGCUACAUAAACCAAAAUAUUACAUGGAAGAUGAAUGUGAAGAUGGGGACCUUCCUGAUGGAUGGAAGGAAGUAGAGAGUGAGAAUGGUACUAAGUACUAUUGGCAUGUUUCAUCUGGUACCACACAAUGGGAAAGACCUCAAGUUUCUCAAAGACCUAAGAAGAAGACAUCAGGAGAACAGCCACUUCCACAAGCUGUAGAAAGACAGAAGGUCCUAAGUUUUCCCAUUCAUUCAAUGGGUUGGAUUGAGCUGGAGGAGAAUCAAGUUGCUCCGCACAACAUGAGUGACACAAUAGCAGAAUGUAUAAGUACCUUGGCAAAGAAUAGAAAAGACCUUUGGCAGACAUCUGAGACUUGGGGAGAGGGCAAAGAUAUCCGCCUGUUACUUGAAGGUGAUACACUGAAACUAGUGGAGCCUAGAAAUAAAAUAACUCUACUAGUACAACCUGUGUCCAAGAUGAGAGUGUGGGGUGUAGGCAAAGAAGACCACAGGGACUUYGCCUAUGUUGCUAGAGAUCCCAGCACAAGCAAACACAAAUGUCACAUGUUUCGUUGCCAUGGUAAUAUAUCUGGGCGUGCCAUAACUACAGCACUUCAUGAAAUGUGCAACAAGAUUCUAGAAGAAAAGAAAAGAGCUCAAGAAAUCAGUAAAAUGAAUUCCCAAGCAAAACCUUGGUCUGAUAUCAUUAACACACCACCGCCGUUGUCUGCUAAAGAUGGUGCAUCAUUCAAUGAAAAACCCCUCAGAGAACCACGAAAAGAUUUUACAGCAACUUACCUUGGCUCCACCGAUGUUCCAAAACCUACAGGUAUGGAAAUGUUAAAUAAAGCUAUCAGCAGAGUAGCCUCUAAAGGAGGAGCGAAAAGAACAGUACUCAUCCAGGUGACGGUGUCGUGUAUCAGGAUUACUGACUGCACAUCACAAGAAGAAAUCUCUGAAGACAGAGUAAGGUUUCUUUCCUUCAUGGGUGUUGGCAGGGACGAAAGGUUGUGUGGAUACAUCAUGGUGAAUGAUCAAGAUAAUUUCGUCUGUCGUGUGUUCCAAUGUUCACCAAAUGCUGGAAUGUUAGCAAAGGCGUUAGAAGAGGCAUGCCAGCUUCGUUACCAGAAAGCCCUUGAUGCUCAUCCAGAGAUGGCUUCUAAGAUUACUUCCUCUCAGGAACAAGAACCAGACAAAUCCAAGGACAAGGCUAACUUCAUGUCAAGUGUACAAGGACUAUUAGGAAAACUAAGUACUACAAAAAAAAAUGGAGGCAAAAAGGAAGAAGUUGCAAGUGCUCCACCCCUUCCAAAGCCAAGCCAUACUUUUAUGGUCAAGUACUACGGCGCUCUGCCGGUAGCUGUAGGGACUGGUAUUGAGACAGUCGAAGAAGCAGCAAAGCAUCUGACCGGGGGUACCCUACUUAUCUGUCAACUAGACGUGGCUAUCAAUGGUGUGACUCUAUAUGAUAGUCAGAGGAGUGCCUUGUCAAGAAGACACAUGGAUGCUGAUACAAUAUCAUUCUGUGGGCUUACCAGCGAUAGCGGUCACUUUGGACUGAUUCAGUGUCAAGGCGGAGGGAAGUACGUCUGUCACGUUUUCUCAGAAUACAAGACUAAAGCUGGCCCAAUCGUUGCAGCUAUCCACGAAACCUUGUGACUAGCACCAUAAAAAGAGCCCCAGCUACCAUAUAUCCCGUGGGUUCAACAUGUAUUACUUACUCCAAGGUGUUACUCAGUUUCUGUGGCGUGCGUCUCUCUGACAUGUAAGAAGAAUCUUUGGGUUGGAUAUCUGCAACUGAGCUCUGAAUCCGUAUUUCUACGAUGGUUCGCUUUGGCUUGAUGUUUCGUUUUAGACAAGAAUUCCAUCACCUAUGGCUUUUUAUUUAUUAUGUGUGUUACCAACCCUUGUAGCUGUACCCUGGAUUGAUUCCUGCCGUGAGCUGAGUAUUGGACCCCAUUUGCCUAGUCUACACGGCUAUUUAUCUGUGCUUGUCUGACCACUUGGUGUCGCGCAAAUGCAUCAGUGUUUCACGGUUGGUAUUCAUUAAUACAUGUCAUAAUUAUUACUAGAUAUUUCAAUAAUGAUUUUUGAAAUUGGUAUUGUCGUUUUGCGAUAGAUUUUGAAAAAUUAUAUUUUUUUAUGAAAGAGGUUUUUAAUUCGACUCCAUUGCAAUUGUUUAUCGGUCAUUAUUCCUUUUAUAUAAUUAUUCCGCAAAUUUAGUAUUUUAUCUAGUUCUUAUUGCCAAAUUGUUAUGGGAAGCGCAGAAAAGCUUUAUUAAUUGGAAAUACGCGAUGAAUCUCUGUGACGUUUUGCUGUCAGAGAGUGUUAGGGAGGGAGGAGAGGGACGGGAACUGUUCGACUAAUGCGGGAGGUAACGAACUGUAAAUGACUAUCAUUUAUAGGCUGUACAUUUAGUUUUUAUGCAAGCAAUUAAUUAAGGGAAGCGCUUCCGUGUUAUUCUAAGGUACAAAAUGCCUUCAGGAAAUGGAAAAUGUGACGUCUUAAUAUCAAGAGSUCAAAGGCACCGUUUCCGUGAAAGGUGGCCAUACUGUGGGGCUAUAAAAGACUGCGGGUCUCCCUUGGUCUACCCUAACUUAUUGGGAAGUGAGCCUUUGAUAUUCUUGACAAUUCUUUGACGUUGCCUGACUCGAAUCAAUAGACGUUUUAUAGCUAUUUGAUAGUCGUUUCAUGUUGUAACUUGUAUGCACAGUUAAUAGUCAAUAGAAAUAUUAGGAAUCGCGGAACCAAGGAACAUUAGUUACUAUGACCUUUUCAAAAKGUCAGUAUCGAGCUUUUAAGUGUGACGCCAAUCGUAUGGAAAAGCGACUUCUGGGUCCAAAAYGAAAAGAUUUUUCUUUUUUCUUUUAUGACAGGAUUUUUUUGUCAAAACUUCUAAUCUUUAGAUUUUGAUUUUGGAAGUGAAAUCAUUGAGAGUGAGCAGUUGGAUCCAGAAAUACGUCACAACUUGAAAGCUCUAUAGGUAACGCAUUGAUUAACCCAUUAUACUCCAUGACAGUACACUCUCUUCUUUUGUCUAGCAACACGAAGGGUCGUAACUAAGGUCUUGUACGCUUUUUGUACCAUGAUAUUAGUAUAGCUUUUUGUUGAAUCAACUUGACAUUUUCACCACCUUAGUACUUGUAGCACAGAAAUCCCUGUAUAUCUAAUGGAAAAUUGUUUCAAAUAUAUUGCAUAGAUAUUUAAUUUAUGAUGAGUAAAUGGCCGCAUAGGAUUUUCAAAAUGAGUAGUAUAGACAUUGAUGAUAAAUAGCUAGCUAGUAUAUAAAGAAGCGUUAUAAAGAUUCAUAUAUGAAAAUAUAAAUAAUAUAUAUGCCAAUGAAAUAGAAAGUAUAUAAUAGAAAUAUAUUAUUAGUAUUAUAUUAAAAUUUACGUUGUGUUUCGAACCAACGUCAGUUUCAAGAUGGCAACUGUACACUUUCACCACCCUUUAAGAAGGACUAGAAUCUCAGCCAAGUUACAGAACGCAACGCGCAAAAGCAAUGAUCGCAUUUAAUGUAUUUGCAUACUUCUAUGCACGGGCUUUUUCCUGCCAAACGAGAGGUUGCACGCCUUAUUUGGUAAAACGAGCCAGCUUCGCAUUGAAUUCUGUCGAUUUAACGUACAGAACUCGUGCAUAGAAGUAUGCGAAUUCAUUACAUUUGGUCAUACUUUUGAGCGUUGCGCUGUAAGAGUUGCAGCUCUUGCAAAAAUUGCAUUUAGUCGGCUGCACAUCGAAGAUACCGCAUUCAGUUAACCAUCAACAUUCUCUCGCACACUCGUUCCCAGUACUUCCUCAUCUGACAACAACCGAUUCCCUGAAGGUGAAGGAGGUAUUUGGAACGAGCAUGCGACAGUAGAUGCGUUCAUGAUUAUCAUUCUGUCUCUGCACACAUUUGUGCAAAUAUUCCGGCUGCAUUGAGGUGCGCACCCGUUUCAAUAGUGGGCAAGCACUCCUGCCGUUUUAAGAAACUGCGCACCAUGUUGCAUCUUGUAACUGAGACUUCUAGUCUUCAAGCAGAAUUGAUUACCUUCAGUUCUGUCUGAUAAGGGCUUUGUUAAGUAUGCCGUUGCAAUCUUAGUGAUUUAUGGUGAAUGUUUUCAUUAGUCAGUGGCUGGAAACAGGACGUGCAAUUGGCCAUUCCGACGUUGAGGGAAAACGUUUGCAUUAAAACAAUGCACUGUGGGGCUGUUUAUUUCGUCCUUUAAUUCAAACCGGCCCCAAAAUGCACUGCAGUGCCAACUCGACUCAGUCCUUUCCUCGAAUCCCUCGGAAUGGCUAAUCUAGAUGAUUUCAUCUCAUGCUGCAGGUGUGAUUUUAGGUUUUAUUGUCUUGCGUAUCUGCUUCGUGCCAGGUGGCGCAAGGCCUCAAAAUGUCCUAGGGACUAUUUUCCCAGUGGUCUUGUGUGAAGCUGAUAACGCCGGCUUUUUGCAUGGACUAAAAAGGGUUACGUGUCGAUAAUUGGAUGAUACAGUCCCUUAGGCAAUCAUGUGCGCAUGCAUAUUUACAUAGAAUUUGAAUCCAGCAAGAGAAAAGAGGGUUUGUAGAUUAUAAAAGAUUUUAAUUUAUUAUUUUUAUAGUUAAUUUGACAACAUAUUAGUCAUGAUAUGUUUAUGUUUAAUAAAGGGAAGUAUUUUUUAAAGAUUAUUGAAUAAAUAUUAAGGGUGUAUGUGUGGCUAGCAAGCUCACCGUGCUCCGGCAAAUACAUCCUUCUGUAACCGCAAGGCUAUCGAGGCUGUCUGGAAAUGAGCAGUAAAUAAAAUAAAACAUGCUAUUCUACGAAA